AUGCCUCCCAUCGACACGGAGGGCCAGUUCAAGUUCCUGCUGUGCUGCAUCAAGCACUCGACAGCUGGAAGGGUGAACUUUGACUCUGUCGCAUCUGAGUUAAAGAUCGUCAGCAAGGCUGCUGCGGCCAAGCGUUAUGAGAGACUUCUCAAGGCCCAUAACAUUACGGUCUCUACUCCGCGUAAGACUGCUGCCAGCAAGGCUGCUGCUGGUGGCGGUGAUGAAGCGGACGACCCCAAGACUCCAUCCAAGAAGCGCAAGCGUGCAGGUGUGGCUUCUGCUGCACCCAAGAAGGAGGAUAAGGACGAGACUCCCAUAAAGAAAGAGGAGCCCGAUGUUAAGGAGGAGCCUGACGUUAAAGAGGAAUCUGAUGACGAGGUGGAAGUCAAGGGAGAAGAUACCGGUUCGUUCAAAGAAAGCGCCAACAACAAGCCUAACCCUGGCUUCAACACACACACCACCUCUACCAACACCAAUACUGUCACGCUCACAUCUUUCACGUCACAAUACGAGGGUGGUGUCGGACAAAACAGCCCGUCUGGUACAAAACCACGGCGGCUGGGUUCGGAUUGCCUGCAACUGGUGAAAGUGGCCAACGUAGAUGGCAGCGACUGCAUUGUCGUUGGCGAGCGGCCGGCUUCCACACCAGAACCAGUAUUUAUCCAGGUCUCAGUCUCUAGCACUAGCGACGAGGACUACAUCUCGGAGUAA